AUGAGCUCUAUGGAUGAAAAAGUGACUCCUUUGCCACCAUUCAAUUUAGAGGGCUCACUGGUGCAAUGGCUGAAAAAGUUACAAGUGGAUUAUAAUCACACUGAACGGAAUUCAAAAAACCUGGCGACUCAUCAAGUUGUACCAACUCCUUUGGUAGAGUUCAUCUUUAUAACAAGUAAAGCACUUGAGCUGCCUUUGGAAGUUAAAUUCUUGGCUGUGGAUCUAUUUGACAGGUUCAUUCGAAAUCAAUUUAAAGACCUUUACUCAGAAGUUCUUGGAUCCUUAACUCCACGCAGUCUGAAACGAUGGGAAAAAGUAGAGGCAAAAAUUUGCUCUCAGUUAGAACUCCGUAUAUUUUCUUGCUUACAAAUUGCUUCAAAAUUCAUCCCAGAAAACUCAACUGACUCUAAGAUUUUGAGCUCAAGAAUGAUCUAUGAAUUUAUAAAAGAGGAUGCAGCAUUUUCAUUACAAGACAUUAAUAAAUCUGAAAUGAGAGUGUUUAGAACUUUGAAUUUUCAGAUCGGAGGGGCAACAAUCAUAACUUUUGUUGAUGCUCUUAUUUUGGGAUUGUACAAGCACAUGUAUGGUUCUGCUGAAUACAAUCACAUACUUCAAAAAUGUUACCAAAUGUGUGAGGUUGUGUAUCUGAAUCAUCAAGAAAUAUACACACACUUUUUUCACAAACUGACAGCGCUAUGGGAUAGAUCACAUGCAGAUAGGCUAAGUUUCAGCUCAGUAGAAUGCAAUGGACUGAUCAAAGGAGCUGCAAUAAUCUUGACAACUGCACGACUGUCGCAAAUACCAGGAGACAAAGAAAAGAUUCUGACAAACGAGCUCUCUAGGCUAACAACAUCGCCUGAACAAUGUAUCCAGGAGCUAUCUGCCGUGAUUCUUCAUAUUAUUUGCCCACAGUACACACCAUCAAAAAAGUACAUACACACACAUUAAGAAUAAUUAGCUUUCACUCAGACUCAUUGAGCUCCUUUUUGACGAUGCAGUAGAGAAAAAUUUAAGUUCAAAGAUUUUUUUAGGGAAAAAAAGAUCAUGCUCAAGGAUCUCUGUGUGGCACAAAAUUUGAUUGGUGAAUCCUCAACUUGUUGAUUGGUUCAUAUGAUCAACGAAUGAUUACAAGCAAGAUUUAAAUUUAUUUUCCAAGCUUAAGUUAUCAUUUUAAUCCACUGAACACUAGUAGCACAUGUCAUAAAAUGUACAAA